CUUCUUGGGUGAUCCCGAUUUCCGGUUUAUGCACGAUCCCUCUAGACGAGGCCUUGCCAUUCGGCACGCCGCCGUAGUGUCACUUCGAACGGGGGCUUUUCGGCCCGCAGCCAUGGCCGUGUGAUCGAGCCAGCCAGCCGGUCGAAUUUUCAAGACAAACCCAGCCUGCCGAGACGGAUAUUUUCCACCUAACCCUGCGACUUGUUCCACAGCUUGUCGGCUGAAGAAGGGAGGAAGGAGAAGCGGCUAAUCGCUCGCCCAAGCUAACACCGCUCUGAAUCGGAACCCGGUGUCCGUUUUCAAGAUGUCAACAGCGGGCUUCAACGCUCAGAACGGAACGGGACAGCCGUACGCGAAUGGUCCUUCACAGAAUCCCGUUGGUGUGCAGCAGCUGCCAGUUGUCAAUUACGGGGUGAUGCCCCAACCCGGCUACAACCCAAUGCAGGCCAAGUCUCCAGUGCCCCCUGGCCCUGGACUCUAUCCCUCUGGGCCAUACCAGCAUAUCCCCCCAGUCAGCUCCUACCAACCUGGCCCGCCACCCACGUCCUAUCCAGCUGCGCCAGGCCAACCUCAUCUCACCAGACCCCCGCUGGGCGGCCCCGUGUCCCACACCCCUCCUCAGUCUGCCAGCCCCAUUCCUGGCCCCAGGCUGCCCCCUCCGCAGUGCACACCACCUCCACCCGCUGCGUCUUCUAGCGGCUACUACCCGAACCCGCAACAUCAGCACCCGCCCCUCAUGGCUCCAGCGUGGCAGUACAACUCAGCUCCUCCGCCCAUGGGACCCCUCGUGCCUAUGAACACGCAACCACGGGGCCCGGCGACUAACCACGUGACCCCACCUGCACCUUACAGCUCGGCAACCUCACUCUCGAUGUCCCAUAACGCCAUGCAGCCCCCCACCUCGCUACAAGGAUGCGGCCAGCCAGGUGGCGCUCCUCCGCCGAUGAAUCCAGCAGCUUCACACCAAUACCACGCAAGUAGCGCUCCCUAUGGGACCACUCCCACGGGCCCACCCCCCACCACGAAACCCGCUGCGCCCCCGAUGGCCAAUGCCACACCUCCACCCCCAAAGACAGAUGCUCAGUGUGGGGCCGGCAGCGCUCGGCCCCUCACUGAGGCCGACGCUCAGGAAGCGGAUGUUGAAUGUCCAGCCGGGCCACCCCAGCCUGGCCCGCCGGGUCGGCACUUGGGCCACUACCCCUCCCUCCCGCCAGGGUACCAGCACCACGCGCCUCCCCACGGCGGACCCUCGCACCUAGCAAUUCAGAGCGCCACGCAGCCUUACACUCGAGCACCUCAGCCGUACCAGCAGCCACCUCCUGGCCCCGGCCCAGCCCAGCUCAGCCCGUCCCUGGCUUCCAUGAGUCUGCAGUCCGGCACCCCCGAGACCCUGCGAGUGGUCAACCUGCUCCAGGAGCGGAACCUGCUGCCCCCUGGCCCUGUCCCGGCCCCCACCCCUUGCCUGCCCCAAGACCUGCAGAAGAUCAACUGCAGCCCAGAAGUCUUUCGUUGCACGCUGACCAGCAUCCCUCAGACGCAGUCUCUGCUCAAUAAAGCCAAGAUGCCGCUGGGCCUGCUGCUGCACCCCUUCAAAGACCUCUCACAACUUCCCGUGGUGACGUCCAGCACCAUCGUCAGGUGUCGCUCUUGCCGAACCUACAUUAACCCCUUCGUGUCUUUCUUGGACCAGAGGAGGUGGAAGUGCAACCUGUGCUAUCGGGUCAAUGAUGUUCCUGAGGAGUUCAUGUAUAAUCCAGUCAGUCGAUCCUACGGAGAACCACACAAGAGACCCGAAGUACAGAACGCAACCAUCGAGUUCAUCGCUCCUUCAGAAUACAUGCUGAGGCCACCGCAGCCGGCUGUGUACCUCUUUGUCUUGGACGUGUCCCACAACGCGGUGGAGACUGGCUACCUGAAAGUGUUCUGUCAGUCGGUGCUGGACAACAUCAACGCGCUGCCUGGAGACUCGCGGACAAAAAUCGGCUUCAUCACCUUCGACAGCACCGUCCACUUCUACAACCUUCAGGAGGGACUUUCCCAGCCUCAGAUGCUCAUCGUCUCGGACAUCGAAGAUAUCUUUUUACCUACACCAGACAGCCUUUUAGUGAACCUCAAUGAGAGCAAAGAGCUGGUGCAGGAUCUUUUGAAGAGCUUGCCCACGUUAUUUGAGAAGACAAUGGAGACUCAAUCGGCGCUGGGCUCGGCCCUGCAGGCCGCCUUCAAGCUGCUGUCGCCCACCGGCGGGCGCUUGUCCGUCUUCCAGACGCAGCUGCCCAACCUUGGCGUCGGGGCGCUCCAGUCCAGGGAGGACCCCAACCAAAGAGCGUCUGCCAAGGAUAUCCAGCACUUAUCCCCGGCGACAGACUUCUACAAGAAGCUGGCGCUGGACUGCUCGGGGCAGCAGGUGGCCGUCGACCUUUUCCUGCUCAGCUCUCAAUACUGCGACUUGGCGUCUCUCGGCUGCAUAUCGCGGUACUCUGCUGGGAGCAUCUACUAUUUCCCCUCCUACCACGACAAACACAAUCCUGCCCAGGUGGAGCACUUCCAGAAGGACCUGAAAAGAUACCUGACGAGGAAGAUCGGCUUCGAGGCUGUCAUGAGGAUACGCUGCACCAAAGGUCUGUCCAUUCACACAUUUCACGGCAACUUCUUCGUGCGGUCCACCGACCUGCUGUCGCUGCCCAAUGUGAACCCGGAUGCCGGCUUUGCCGUGCAAAUGUCCAUCGACGAGAACCUGGAUGACAUGCAGGUUGUCUCCUUCCAGGCUGCGUUGCUCUACACUUCCAGUAAAGGCGAGAGGAGGAUCCGCGUGCACACCCUGUGCCUCCCGGUGGUGCACUCUCUUUCAGACGUCUUUGCUGGCGCUGAUGUUCAAGCCAUGGCCGGGCUGCUGGCGUGCAUGGCUGUGGACCGCUCGGUGACGGCCAGCCUGAGCGACGCCAGGGACGCCAUGACCAACGCCGCCAUCGACUCUCUGUCAUCGUACCGCCAGUCGGUGCUGACCAUCCAGCAGCCGGGUCUGCUCGCCCCAGCCUGUCUCAGACUCUUCCCCCUUUAUAUCCUCGCUCUGCUCAAGCAGAAAGCAUUCAGGACGGGAACCAGCACCAGGCUGGACGACCGGGUGGCUUCCAUGUGCCAACUCAAGUACCAGCCGCUAGCCUACGCCAUGCUGAUGAUCCACCCCGCGUUGUACCGUGUCGACGACCUGACCGAUGAGGGCGCUUUGAACGUCAGCGAGCGGACCGUCCCUCAGCCGAGAGUGCUGCAGCUGUCUGUGGAAAAGUUGAGCAGAGACGGAGCCUUCCUCAUGGAUGCUGGAACGAUCAUGUAUCUGUGGAUCGGACGCAACUGCAACCCCAACUUCCUCACGCAAGUCCUGGGUGUCCCCAACUACGCCGCCGUGCCUGAAAACCUGUAUCUGCUGCCAGAGCUAGACACUGCCGAGUCGCAGAGGACCACAGCGUUCGUGGGCUGGCUGAGGGAGCAGAGGCCCUUCUUCCCCUCGCUGCACGUCAUCAGAGACGAGAGCCAACUGAAAGUCCCGUUCAUGCAGAACAUGAUCGAGGACCGCACCGAGUCGGCGCUGUCCUACUACGAGUUCCUGCUCCACCUGCAGCAGCAGAUUUCAAAAUGAUCCGUUUGUGUAUCAAAUGUAUGUAUGUAAAAGAUGGAAAGUAUCAGUGUUUAUUCUCAUAGAACAAUAAUGUCCAAAGUUGAGGUAUGGCUCAGAUGUGAGCUCGCUGAUGGCAAAAGCACAGACUCCUUUACUCGAAUACGUCACAUGUAUGGAAGUGUGUGCGAGUGUGUGUUUAAGGCUGACUGAGGUGUCUGACUGUUAUCUGAAGUAUUUUACACAGCCAUCACUUUUUUUGGGGGGGGGGGGAGCAAGGGGGUUCCGUCUCUCUGUGUUGAACAAAUCUCUGAAAAAAGCAAGAAAGUUUCAGGCGCCAACUUGAAUGUUGGGUCGCAGUCUCAUGUUUCGUUUUUUUUUUUUUUUUUUUUUUUUUUUUGCGCUCCCCCUCCUCUGUUUAAUUUAUGAGCCUCCCAAUGUGAUUAAAAUUCAAUGAUUGCCUUGAACGGGAACUGUACUUUUACUACCAAGCCUCCUGUUGAAACGCAGACUAUCUAUAUAUAAAAUAUUUUAAUAUAAUAGCAAACAGGAGGGUUUUUUUUUUUGUUUAUUAAUACAAGACGUAACAGAAAAAGCCAUUGUGAUCUUUUAAUCAUGCUUAUUGAUACUUGUAUAUUGAAAAUACUGCAUUAUAUCAAUGGUGGAGAGAUGCUAAUGAAUUUUAGUAUGACCGUUUAGGUGAACUGUCAUCAAAAAUAAAUUGUUUGGGACUUUUUAAA